AUUUAAUUUAAUUGUUAACAGAUGAACAAAGAAAAUGAGGGGUUUAAUUUAUAAGAAGUAGGUUGUAAGGCACAUUAAAAUAAGAAGGCAAAAUACAAAAUUGUUGGUACUACCUUCAAUAAAUCAAAAUUCAAUUUGAUGGAUUUGGUGUGUUCAAAAUGCGCCAUCACACUGAUUAGUUAAGGAUACAAAGUUGAGAACAUAGAAUCGGAUGAAACUCUCAUGAGAUAAGACUAAAUAUAAUAGUUCCUUGAAACUAUUUCACAAACUUACCUGAUUAUAAAUUAAAAUGAAUAAAAUUUGCUGCAAAAAAAAGAAGAUCUAACAAAAUUUUGUGAAAUGUAGAAGGACAAGGUGAGAGAACAUUAUACUUCAAUGAGAAUAGCUUUAGACAAUAAAUUAAAAGAGUAAAUUGAUUAUUUAAAUGAACUUCAAUAUAAAGCAAUCACCCUAUUUGAUUAAAAGUAUCAGGAAAUUACAGAGACCCACAAUGAACUGAUUCAAAUGUAAAGUGAUAUCGAGGUCAAUCUUGAAAACAUCAUUCUCAAAAUGGAAGUAUUGCCAUACAAGUAAAUUAUGGGAUCAUAUAAUAAACGAGUUACAGAGAUAUAAUAGUGUUUAACCAAGCUGGGAACAUGCAAAGUAGUUUUAGGAAGAGUUUACAAAAGAGCGGCUGAAACCAAGAUAUUAGGAGGUUUAUUUGAAGAUUGUGAAUUAGAAAUCAAAAUUGCAUAGACAUCACUACUGAAAACAGAAUAACAAUCGAAUUCAAGAUUAUUGUCACCUCAAUCAAUGUCCUAGACAAAUAUCAUGCAUCAAACUCCAGAGAAACAGAAAAGAUCAAAUAGUUAAUCAAGCAAGUUUUUAGAGAUUUUAAACAAAGUAAAUGAAAACCAAUUGAAGACUAACAACUUUUAUACUUAAUUAUUGAAGGGAGAGACUUCUUUGGAGUUGAGUGAGAGGUAUUGUUCUCCAACUUUCAAAAAGUGA